AUGGAGAAGGUGCAGAUCAGCGGCGACGGCGUUGAGACGUUCGACGCGUUCGUGGCGGGCGAGGAGGGCAAGCCCGGCGUGGUGGUGCUGCAGGAGUGGUGGGGCGUCGACUUCGAGGUCAAGAACCACGCGGUCAACCUCGCUGCCAAGGGAUUCCGCACGCUCAUCCCCGACCUGUACAAGGGCAAGGUGGCUCUUGAGGCCGCUGAGGCGCAGCAUCUGAUGGACGGCUUGGAUUGGCCGACUGCCAUCAAGGAGAUCGGCGCCUCCGCCAAAUGGCUUCUGGCACACGGCUCUAAGAAGGUCGGCGUGAUCGGGUUCUGCAUGGGAGGCGCGUUGACGCUACUCGCCGCUAUUAACGUCGAUUCGGUGUCCGCAGCAGUGUCCUUCUACGGCGUUCCCGAGGCAGCUCUUAAGGAGGAUGCCAAGGCGAAGGUCCCUGUGCAGGCGCAUUUCGGCGAGCUCGACGGCUUCAAGGGCUUCUCAGACGUCGAUACCGCGCGUGCGCUGGAGAAGCGUCUGGAAGCUGCGGGCGUGCCGCACGAGGUGCACAUUUACCCCGGUCAGGGCCACGCCUUCGUGAACGCUUCGCCAGAGGCGAGGAAGCGAAAAGAGGGGAUGGGGUUACCAGGUCACGACGAAAAGGCUGUGGAGCUGGCGUGGUCGCGUACCGUUGAUUGGCUCAACAAGUAUCUGUGA